GCGUGUUCUGCAGCUAAUCUAAGAUCGCUUUGUUUUUCGUAUUGGUUUGUGCAUAUAUUUUUUGUGUUUUUUUAAAGAUAGUUGAAGAUAUAUUUCGAUAUGUGUACUUCUUUGAUUUGGUAUAAUUCAUUUAGCCCCCUGAAUUACUCGGACACUGAAGAAAUAUCAAAAAUGUGUGAACAAAGAACUAUGUUUUUUAAAUUGUGUUUGUGACAUAUUAUUUACAUUUUAUAUUACAUAAUUAUUGUACAACAUAAAUCCUAAUUCGAAUGGCAGCAUCUCUAAAGCAAAACCGUUCGCGACGAAGGAUUGCUGCAAUCACAUUUCUAUCGAACAUAUCUCUUGACGGUAGUUACAGAGACACUAAAUUUGGAUUUCUUCCACGAAACGGAGCUAUAACGAAGGCAUCCCUAUAUUUCACUGAGGAGACACUUGUGGAAGAAUCGGAUGGACACGAAACUGAUAAUGCUGAAGUGUCAGAUCCCAAUAAUCCAGAGUUGAAGGCAAACUUUGAAAAGAAAAGAAAAUUCAAACCAAGUGGUAGCGACUCGGAAUCUGAAAGUCUAGUAACUCCUAAUAAGGCAAAUGCAGAAUUUGCAUCGAGACAUAAGUCUGUGAGAGAAAGGUCUGAUACUGCAGAGUCUGAGAAGAAAAUUGUUCCGAAAAUCUACAAGAGACCUCCUCAUCAAAUAUCAAUAUGCAGUGAAAAUGAAAAGCGAAACAGUAGUACAGAAAGUUUGGGAUCUAUAGUGUAUAGAAAUAAAUCUGGGUCAAAAUUAGAUAAAAGCCCAAAGAAAAUAAAGGUCAUCAAACCCACUAAAGAUCAUAAAUUUUCUGGCGAAAGAAUAGUAUUAGUAACUGCAAAACAUAUUCCUUUCAUGGUGUGUUCGUUUAUCCCCUACACCAAGAGUAACAAGUCAGAUUUCAAACGAGAAGGUCAGAGGAAAAGAACUACGUCAGGUAAUAGACCUCUGUCCUCCAGCCGAGAUGAUCUCGAUCCAUUUGAUUCAUUAGGUAUUGAGAGAUGUAUUGAUGGACAGGAAAAUUCUUAUGGCUACCUGUUGGAACCGUCAAAAAAUGUAAAGGAUAUUUCAAAGAGAAAUACCAUCGAUGAUCCUACAGAUAAUACCCACGAUCCUUCCAAAAGGAAUAUGCGUCAUGUUGUUGCCAGGACAAAAGAGUUAACUUGCCAACCAGAAUUCAAUUGGUGUUUUUCUUACGACCAUGGUGCACAUAGGAGCACAUCUCAUAAUGUUCCGAACUCUUUGCCAUCAGACACCAAGGAUGACAAUGUAGUGAAAAAUUAUAUUUAUCACCCAGAUCUCCUCGAUGAUCCGGAGCUUAUAGUUGGGAAGCACAGAACGCUAUUGACGUUUACUUCUUACAUGACAUCAGUUAUUGACUAUGUGAAACCCUCGGAUCUCAAAAGGGAGAUCAAUGAAAAAUUCAGGGCCAAGUUUCCACAUAUUCAGUUGACCCUCAGUAAACUGAGAAGGUAUGAUUUUGUACAAUAUAGUAAAAUUAGGAGAUUUUUAUUUUCGUUAAUCGAAACGACCAACUUAUUUUGUUCAAUAUACAUUCAAAACACAAUAUAACACACUAUUAGUAUA